AUGAUGAUACCUUCAGAAAUCGUUACAGAUAUAAUCUCGCGCUUACCAGUGAAAUCCGUUUUGCGAUUCAGGUGUGUAUCUAGAUUAUGGUGUUCUAUUAUAGACGGCCAAGAUUUCGUCAAAAUGCACUUGCAUCGAUCUACGACAACAAAUUCAAAUCAAAGACUCAUUCUUGAAGGCCUGGGACUUUAUUCCGUAGAUUUGAAUUCACUUGACAAAGCCCAUGUCGUGAAACCCCCAUUUUAUUACAAGAGUGUUGAUGGCAUAUCCAACUCUUGCAAUGGGUUAAUUCUCGUGAUGAGUGAACCUCCUGUAUUGUGGAACCCCUUUUCCACUAAAUACCGGAUUUUACCUGACAACCCCAUCGAGUAUCCAACUCCUCUGUUGUGUUUUUCGAAGGUUAUUUAUGGGCUCGCUUACGAUUCGAGAAAGGAUGAUUAUAAAGUUGUUCGGGUUGUUGAAUUUAGGAACAAAACGAGUCAUUUGUGGGAAUGCUCUGAGGUUGAGAUUUAUAGCAUGAAAUCGAAUUCCUGGAACAGGAUCAAGGGUUUUCCUUAUCCGCUACCCUUUUUGAAGGGAAACUGGGGAGUACAUGUCCAUGGGGCGCUGCAUACGCUUGUGGAGGAUUAUUUCCACGUAUAUUCGGAAAAACCAAUUAGAAUUAUGGGUUUUAGUGUUGAGAGGGAGAACCAUUAUGAGGUGAUGCUGCCACCGAAUUUUGGGAUCAAGAAUGUCAAAAUGAAGUUGGAUGUGCUAGGAGGGUGUCUUUGUUUAGUUUGUACUAGCAAGUCUCGUGCUAAUUUAUGGGUGAUGAAGGACUAUGGAGUUGAGGAAUCUUGGACUAAAUUGAUAUCAAUUGGUUCUUCGACAAUUGACCCUGAUGACAUUUUGCAGCCUUUUGCUUAUUUGAAGCCAUUGGCAUAUUCGAAAAAUGGAGAAAAUGUCCUCUUGACUUAUGAUGACAAAAGGCUUGUCUGGUAUAAUUUGAGAACAAAAACUAUCAAGAAUGUCUCUGUUAGGGGGUUGCCUUUUGUGUUUUUUCCCGAGGUUUGUGUAGAAAGCCUUAUUUCUCCUUGUGGCCCAGCCCCGAGGGAAGUCGAUGGGGUCAAGACAAAUGGAAAAGACAAAGUGAAGAAAAAGAUAACUAAGAAGAAUAGGUAA